UAUAUUAUCUAUAUCACUCAUCUAUCUACUUAUCCACCUACCUACGAUAUAUCUCAUCUAUGUUUGUAUGUGUACAUGUGUAAAUAAGAACCUUCGGCAGCUGGGUGACCUUGCACCAGUCCCCCCCUUCAGCCGUGUCCACCCUCACAGGGUCGUUGUUCUUGUUGGGAAGACAAGAGACGUCCUGCAUGCGCAUCACGAACUGCACAAAACCAAGACAGGAGGACCUCUUGGCAUUUUUGCAGCUGGCCGAGCGGCGGCGGCAACAGCCAUGAACGCCAUCGUGGUGCUGUGCCACUUCUGUGAGCUGCACGGCCCUCGCACCCUCUUCUGCACGGAGGUCUUGCAUGCCCCUUUGCCGCAGGGCCCGCCGGGGGGAGACAGCCCUGGGCAGAGCGAACAGGUGGAGGAUGAGGAAGGCGGCAUUCAGAUGAGCAGCAGGAUUCGUUCCCACAGCCCGGCCGAUGGCGCCAGCAUGGACUCCAGCAGCCCGGGCCCCAAGAAAUCGGACAUGUGCGAGGGUUGUCGUUCCCUUCCUGUCGGCCAUCCAGGCUACAUCAGCCACGACAAGGAAACGUCAAUCAAAUACAUCAGCCACCAGCACCCCAACCACCCCCAGCUCUUCAGCAUUGUGCGCCAGGCUUGUGUGCGCAGCCUCAGCUGUGAAGUCUGUCCCGGACGGGAAGGUCCCAUCUUCUUCGGUGAUGAGCAGCACGGUUUCGUCUUCAGCCACACCUUUUUCAUCAAGGACAGCCUGGCUCGGGGCUUCCAGCGCUGGUACAGCAUCAUCACCAUCAUGAUGGACCGUAUCUACCUCAUCAACUCGUGGCCUUUCCUCCUGGGCAAGAUCCGGGGCAUCGUGGACGAGCUGCAGGGCAAAGCUCUGAAGGUCUUUGAAGCUGAGCAGUACGGAUGUCCGCAGCGUGCCCAACGCAUGAACACGGCCUUCACCCCGUUUCUGCAUCAGCGGAAUGGGAACGCGGCUCGCUCACUGACUUCGCUCACUAACGACGAGAACCUGUGGGCUUGUCUCCACACUUCCUUUGCUUGGCUGCUGAAGGCCUGUGGCAGCAGGCUCACCGAGAAGCUUCUGGAGGGGGCCCCAACAGAGGACACCUUGGUGCAGAUGGAAAAACUUGCUGAUUUGGAGGAAGAAUCAGAAGCCCGGGAUAACUCAGAGGAAGAAAAUGGAAAAUCGACCAGUCAGAAGGACGUCCAAGAAGGUUCUGGACAAAUGAAGAACCAGGCUGAUUUCGGUCUUCUGGCAGACUGCAGCAGCUGGAACGGGCCAGGCGGGAGUCAGUCUGUCUUCCGUUCCCUCCGGCAUUUGAGACAGGUCUUGGGAUCGUCGGCAUUCCGCAUGCUGGCCUGGCACGUUCUCAUGGGCAACCAGGUAAUCUGGAAAGCGCAGGAUCGAGAACUCAUCCACUCCGCCUUUGAUGUCCUGCGGACCAUGCUUCCGGUUGGCUGCGUCCGGAUCAUCCCGUAUAGCAACCAGUACGAGGAGGCUUACCGGUGUAACUUUUUGGGGCUUGGCCCUCAAGUGAAAAUUCCUCCUCACAUUUUGUCCUCAGAGUUUGCUGUUCUGGUGGAAGUUCGCCCCGCCACACGGUUGAGCCUUUACCCUGUCCUCUUUGAUGAAGACCAGCCCCUCAGUAAAUAUGAGUUUGUGGUUACUAGUGGCAGCCCUCUGGCAGCAGACAGAGUUGGUCCGACCAUCCUGAACAAGAUUGAAGCUGCUCUGAUGAAUCAGAACCUCUCGGUCGAUGUGGUGGACCAGUGCCUCAUUUGCCUGAAGGAGGAGUGGAUGAAUAAAGUGAAGGUCCUCUUUAAGUUCACCAAGGUGGACAGCAGGCCGAAAGAAGAUACCCAGAAGUUGUUGAGCAUCUUGGGGGCUUCCGAAGAGGAUAACGUGAAGCUUCUGAAGUUCUGGAUGACGGGCUUGAGCAAGACCUACAAAUCACAUUUGAUGUCCACCGUUCGCAGUCCAACUUCUCUGGAGUCUCGGACUUAGCCAGGAGAACUCUUGGGUUGCCCUUGGGGAACUCUUUGUCAAUCCACUUAUUUCGUGUGAUAUGAAGGAGCUCGGAUAUUGUGUGGCAACGCUGCAUAGACAGACUGAAAAGCAAAGGAUGAAGGCCUGUUGGCCAAAAAACUACCUACAUCAGGGGUGUCCAGCCUUAGUAACUUUACGACCUUUGGACUUACAGUGCAACAUUGUUUUUUCUUUAUGUUACCAUGAGAUUCAGUUCUUUAUAUUUUUAACUGUACAGCUUCUUACUCAUAAACUCUAUAAAUCUUUUCUGGCAAGAAAAGUAAUUCCGAACAUACUUUAUAUGGAUUGUUUUUUAAAGGGAGAAAGAUUAAUAAGAGAUCCUAAUUUGUUAAGAGUUCUGUGAAUGUCAAAAUAUUUAUAACUACUUGUUUUCAGAAAGAUUUCUUAAAUAUUUUAUGAUUUUUCCUUUAUUGUGUAAUUCAUGUUUGUGUUGAAUUUUUAUUUAAUCUGUGUGUAAAAAUGCACAUAAUAAAAGUUUUCCUCCCAGAGAAAAAUACUGGCUUUUAAAAAAUCAAAUGAUGUUUUAACACAUCCUAGGAAGCACAAUAAAAUUUGGCUUUCCAAAUUUAA